UGAGGGCACCAUAAAAGUUAUUUAAAAAGAAGCUGUCAAAAAGUAGCUGAUGAGUAAAAUAUAUUCACAAGUGAUUGAAUUAAAUUAAACUUGAAGGAGUUUUUUGAAAAGUCUUCAGACUCUGUCUUUUACAUAAUUAAUUACAAUUUCUGUAACAAGUUGCGAGUGAAAAAUCGCGGUGCUACUUCAUGAGGUUAUGCAACGUGGAAAAUCGCGUGCAGCUAUUAAUUCUUUCUUGGUUCAGUGUACUUAAAAUGAUGAAAGAAUAGACGAGGAAUUGUUGAGGGUUGAAGAACAAUUUUAUAAAGUUAAUACUGUGGAUUAUUUCUAGAAAUUAGAAACUAAGAAUGUCAGGGGAUAAAAAUGCUCCAAACCCAAAACCAGGAGAUGGAUUACGCUCAUUACGAAGUACCAUGCUCUUUAGAGCUGUUAAUUACGAGCUUUACGUGAAACCGAAUGCGGUAAUAAUGGCUUUGGGUGUUGUGGCCAUGACUGGAUGCGCUGGUUACAUAUACUACAUGCGUAGCAAGUACGAAGGAAUGGGGUACUACUCUGCAAUCGAAGGAGACGGCAAGGAAACCUUUAAAAAAAGAACAUCAAAAUGGAAUGACUGACACUUCUUUUUUCCCUUUUGCUUCGAUGAGGUAUAUUUUAACUGUAGUUAAAUCAUUUUCUGAUAAAUAAAUACUUACUGUGGAUUUUA